UAGAGUUGAUUUAAUUAGAUCUUUUCCUGAUACCGAUAGUAAAUUGGUCGAAGUCUAUAUCACCCAAUUAGAAAAAGUUUUAAAAGCUAUAUCACUCUAUGACCCAGAGAUUGGUUAUUGCCAAGGUAUGUCAUUUGUAGCUGCUUUAAUAAUACCCUAUUUAUCAGAAGAAGAAGCAUUUCAUAUUUUAGUAAGAUUUUUUAAUGGUGUUAUGAGAGAUUUCUAUGGUGUUGGUAUGAAAGAAUUACAACUUAGAGUUUUUCAAUUAAAAAAAUUUGUUGAAGAUUUAUUUCCAAAACUACAUAAGCAUUUAAAUGAUAUAGAAUUAGAUACCUCAAUAUUUACAUCACCAUGGUUUUUAACAGUGUUUGCAUAUCACUUUUCGGAUGAAGUUGCCACAAGAAUAUUGGAUGUUAUAUUUUUCCAAGGUUUAGAAGCAUUUUUCAGUAUAGCAUUGGCUAUAUUCCAAAUUAUUCAAGAUGAUUUGCUCGAAUGUACAGAAAACUCACAAGCAAUGAGUUAUUUUAGAAAUGAAACUAAAACCAAAAUCGAUGUUGAUACACUAAUGUCUACAGCCAAUAGAAUUUCAAUUAGUCCAAGUCAACUGGCUAAUUUUAAACAACAAUUCGAAAAUGAAUUUAAACCAACCGUUAUUUCACAGUUCAAUCCUGAUGAAACCCCAGAAAAAAAACUAAAGGAUCCAAGAUGGGUAGUUAAAAAAUAUAAAUUAAAAGAAAGAAUUUCAAAUUUAGAGGAUGAUUUAGCACACAUCAAACAAGAGCUUCAUUAUAAUAAAGAUAAAAAUGAAGAGGAAAAAAGACAAACAAUCAACCAUCUUAAAGAUUUGGCCGAUCGUGAAUCAAGUUCUCAAGAGAAAUAUCAUCAACAAGAACUCAGACUGUUACAAUUAGAAAAAGAAAAUCAAAAUCAAAAACAACAAAUUGCACAAUAUUCCACAUUGAAUCAACAUUUUACACAACAAAUAAGUUUAUUAAAUUCAGAACUAAGAGAUUUACGUUGGCAAAAUAAUCCUAAAAAUUCAAUUCAAUUUAGUUGAUCAUAAUAAAAAUAAUAUAAUAAUAAUAUAAUUGAUAUAAUUGAUAUAUAUUUAAAAUAAUAUAUAUUAAAAUAAUAUAAUAAAAAUGUAAUAUAUUACAAAAUUU